AUGGUUGGCCUAGGGCCGAGUGAUCAAGGAUGUGAUUCCUUUGAUGUGUGUAUGGAGGCACGUGAAACUACACCGAGUGCGGUCGGCCGUGAGAGCACCGCACUGAAUGUCGGUAAUGACAUUUUUGGCCAUAUGCCAUUUAGUGUGGGCGGCCGUGAGGGCACCACGCUUAGCGCCGGUAAUGGCGUUGUUGGCGAUUCGCCAUAUGGUGUGGGCGGCCGUGAGGGCACCACACCUAAUGUCAGUAAUGACACUGUUGGCGAUACGCCGUAUAGAGUGGACGGCCGUGAGGGCACCACACCUAAUGUCGGUCAAGACAAAAGCUCUCGUGUAGAGCGUACUAUGGUUGGUAGUAACCAUGGGGACAAUAUUGUCCCGACCCCUAAGGGGUGUAAGGUCUCGAAGAGACAAUCGAGACGCCGAGUAGCAGCUGUAAAGCGCCAGGCGUCCUCACAGUGA